GCCACACUUUCACAAAUUUACCAGUUUAAUACAACAACCAGCUUUUUAUAUUAUUAUUUACCAGGAGUAAAUGGGUUAUAUAAAAACGGUAUCUAUCGCAUAAAUCGACGUACCGUUAGGCAGCGAAAGAUAGAGAGAGAAGGGAAGCGAAACGAUAACAAAGGCAACGCCAACAAACAAAACAAAAACACUCGGGCAAAACGGAGACCAGCGACAGAAAAAGCAAAUAUACACACAAAACAGACAGUUUGUCGGAAAUUAUCAAAAUUAAAUUUGAAAAUUCUUCGAAAUCGGAUCGGGAGCAAAGCCGCGCCCAGCGCCCAACAGCACCACCCCCUGCUGACCACCGAACGGAAUCAUGAACGCCCUCCUGCGCCACAAGGGACGCAAUCUGCGGACGAGUUACCUGGUCCAGAACUUCAACCAGCGGUAUCUCAAAUCGAGUUGUUGCGCCUGCAGCUCGAUCAACUCUACAGAUGACACCGCCAAACCGGACGAGCGGCCAAGGAGAUCCGCAUCCACUUCGAUGCUGGAGAUAAGCAAAGCCCUGGGCUCUUGCCAGAUCUACGGUCACCGGAGGUUCCAGACACAGCACAGCUAUGGAUACCAUUACUCAGGACAUGGGUUCAGGCAUCUUCAUGUCAGUCGACAUCUGUUCGAGACCUCCAGCUCAAAGAUCGAUGUGACGGUCAAGAAGUUGAAGAACCAACAGAAGGAGAAGGUCGAGGAGAUCAUGAAGGAGGUGGCCAACGGCCAGGCAACGGGAGGGGUUAAGGGCGUUGAAGCCACUGCCACUGCCUCCACUGAGAAACCGAAAUCGGAGGGCGCAACGAUGGGCGAAACGUCGGCGACGUCUAGCUCGGCGACCACUGUGGCUAAGUCCACGGACAAAUCUGUGGCCAAGCCAAAGAAGUCGCUGGGAACUCGUAUUUGGGACGAACUGGUGCACUACUAUCACGGCUUUCGCCUGCUCUUCAUUGACGUGGCCAUCUGCUCGAAACUGCUCUGGCGGGUGCUCAACGGCAAGACUCUGACGCGCCGUGAGAACAAGCAGCUUCAGCGGACCACCUCGGACCUGUUCCGCCUGAUCCCCUUCUCUGUGUUCAUCAUUGUGCCGUUCAUGGAGCUGCUGCUGCCGCUGUUCAUCAAAUUUUUCCCUGGCAUGCUACCCUCCACGUUCCAGACCUCCAACGAUCGGCAGGAAAAGCUGCGGCAAUCUCUAAAUGUUCGCCUCGAGGUGGCUAAGUUCCUGCAGCAGACCCUCGACCAGAUGCCCGUUCAGCACAAGGAGCACAGCAGUGAGGAGGCCAAGCAGUUUGAGGCCUUCUUCACCAAGAUCCGUAAUCCCAACGAGGCCGUCAGCAACGAUGAAAUCAUCAAGUUUGCCAAGCGCUUCGACGAUGAAAUCACUCUGGAUUCCCUGUCGCGGGAGCAACUGGCGGCCCUCUGCCGAGUGCUGGAGCUGAACACAAUCGGCACAACCACACUGCUCCGCUUCCAGCUGCGCCUCAAGCUGCGUUCUUUGGCCACCGACGACCGGGUGAUUGCCCGCGAGGGCGUCGACACCCUGGAUCUUUUCGAGCUGCAGCAGGCGUGCAAGGCGCGCGGCAUGCGUGCCUAUGGCCUUACGGCCGAGCGGUUGCGUUUCCAGUUGAAGGAGUGGAUUGACCUUUCACUGAACGAACAGGUGCCACCUACGCUGCUGCUUCUGUCACGAGCCGUACUCGUCUCCGACGACAGCAACACCACCGACAAACUGAAGGAGACCAUGCGCGUUCUGCCGGAUGCAGUGGGCGCCCACACACGCCACGCCAUCGGCGAGAGCGAGGGCAAGGUGGAUAACAGGACCAAGAUCGAGAUCAUUAAGGAGGAGGAGCGCAAGAUUCGUGAAGAGCGCGAGGAGGAGCGCGAGGAGGUAAUCGCCAAGCGAACGGCCAUCAAGGAGGAGGCUCCCUCUCCCUAUGUAUUCUCUAAGAAAAUGGAAAUAGACGUGGACGCAAAGAAGUCGGAAGUGUGUGAGACCGAUAAGGGCAUCUCCUCCACCGAUGUCCAGUUGCUGUCCGAUGCCUUGAAGACUCUCUCGUCCGACAAGCAGCUUGUGGUUGAGAAGGAGACGAUCAAGGAGUUGAAGGAGGAGCUGGCCGACUACAAGGAUGAUGUUGAGGAGCUGCGGGAGGUGCGCCAGGUGGUGAAGGAACCGGUGCGCGAGAGUCGAGCUGCGAAGAUGCUCUACAACCGGGUCAACAAGAUGAUCGCGGAGCUGGAUACGGUCCUAAACGAUCUGGAGCAUAGGCAACUCCAGAUCAAGCAGGCAGACACCAGCGAUUACGCGCCCUCCAGUCCCGACAAGGUGCCAAAUAUGGUGCACAUCGACGAGCUAGUUUCCACAAUUCGACGCGUAAAGGAGGCCUCGGACGAGGAGCGCUUCAAGGUGGUCGAAGAUUUGCUGGUCAAGCUCGAUGCAGACAAGGACGGUGUGAUUUCAGUGAACGAGAUCACCAAGGUGGUGCAGAGCAUCGACAGCGAGGCCGUCAAGAUCGACAAGAAGCAGCUGGAGGAGUUCACCGAGCUGCUGUCCAAGCAGGCGACGCGGCGUCGUCAUGAGGAGAUUGUCCGCAUCGAUGACCUCAUGAAUAACAUCAAGGUGCUAAAGGAAACCAGCGACGAGGCGCGCCUCAAGCACAUUGAGUCUGUUUUAGAGAAGUUUGAUGCCGACAAGGAUGGCGUGGUGACGGUCAACGACAUCCGCAAGGUAAUGGAGUCCAUUGGCCGUGACAAUAUCAAACUCAGCGAGAAGGCCAUCGAGGAUCUUAUUGCCAUGCUCGAAAAGGAGCAGGUCCUGCAGGCCGAGCAAAAGAUUGAGAAAGCGAUUGCGAAGAGCAUGAAGGAGGCUGAAAAGCUAAAGAAUGAGGUGGAGAAGACGGAUAAGGACCUGGCCAAGCUAGUUAAUGACAUUCACGACUCUGCCAAGGAGAUUCAGGACAUUGCCCACGAGCUAGGUGCUUCGUCGUCCUCUGCGGAUAAGCUCGACGAUAAAGCUAAGCCGUUGAAGGAGGAGCCCGCAUUCAAGGACACGGCCAAGACGCUCAAGGACAAUGCGCCGGACCUUGACGAAAUAGCACCGAAAGUUCUGCCUGUGGAAAAGAAAGAUGAUCCCAAGAGCAGACCGCCAACGAAAAACUCGGCUGGCUCCGAUCAAAGCGGAAAGUCUGGUGGUGGAGGCGGCGGCAGCGGUGGCGGAAUUCCUGGCAGCGGCACUGCGACAGAAGCAGUUCUGCGGGAGGCGGCUGAGCGGCAAAUAGAAAAGAUUCUACCCCAGACGGAAAUGGGCCUGCCACCCACGAUACAAACACCACCACAGAAGAAAGCAACGGCUACGGCCAGUGCAACGUCGUCGACGAACUCGUCCAAGAAGCUGCUCUGACCGACUGAGGGAGAGCCUGGGCGCGUACCUAAGCCGAAGUGAUGUGGUGGAGAUGAGAGUGGCUGCUCGUGUGUUCAGAAAUGUUCUGACUAUAGUAUGAGUUGAUUGUUAACACUUAACAUAAAGCGGGGGCAAGUCCCCAACGAGAAAUUGAAACUCUGUAUUUAACUGCAUCCGAAAUCCUUGAGCGGGAUCAAGAGUGCCUGUUCUACUUAACGCCUGGCUGUAGUUUGAUAUUCUCUAAGUAAUGCACAAAAAACCAGAAACUACUAGAAAUACAUAUGAAUAACCACACUUAAUCCUACGUAUCUUGAUUUAUGAAUGUCAAAUGUCCUAGUUUUAUGUUUUCAAACCUCCAUAUAUGUGUGUUAUGUAACCCCCAAUCCACGGACGACUUCACUUGGCCCCCAAAACAAUAUUAGCGAAGCGAUUGUGAUCAUUAAGCGAAAUGUUAUUUUACGAUUUAAACCCUAUGCUCUAUUAAAAAACGAAUUAAUUGUAGGCGACAAGAUAUUGAAUUUGAAUUGAAACCGCGUGAUAACUCUAAACAAUAAUAAAGUGUGUGCUUGAAAACGAGUUAAAGAGAAUUUGUAAAAUGUUUCGCAAUAAAAGUUAGUAUAAAAAAACAAAA